CGUUGGCCGGCCACUACCGGGCCGCUAGCUCGUUCGACCCGCACCAGCCCCGGGACGCCGACAUGGACGCCGACGCCGACGCCGACGCCGACAAGGAGGCGGGCCGGGCAAAGGCCAGCAUCCUCGCCAGCGUCGCGCACAUACGGAGGCUGGUGUGCGAGCCGUCCGACUUUCUCCAGAACCUCGCGACCCAGGUCAUUCCCACCGUCCCUCUAUUUGUCUCUGCGUCUGCAUGGCCUCUAUGUCAUUAUUCGUACUGAUGCUUGCAAGCUUGCUGACAGCUAAAGCCGCGAAACAGAUUGAGAUUCUCACCUGCCUGCAAUGGCUGGGCGAGUUCCAGAUCCUGGCGUGCAUCCCGCUAGAGGGCAGCGUGCCCGUUAGGGAUGUAGCGGACCUUUCAGGGGUUCCAGGCAGCCAGCUAGGGCGAGUGGUGCGUCUGACGGCGACUUGCGGCUUCCUCGACGAGCCGCAGCCAGGCUUCGUGGCCCACACCCCCCUGUCCGCGCACUUUAUCGCCAACCAGCGCUUCCUCGACGCUGCCAUGUUCCUGGCCGAGUCGGCCGCCCCCACGGCGCUGCAGAUGGCCACGGCCACGCAGCGCUUUGGACCCUCGCGCCGCCCCAGCGAGAGCGCCUACAACCUGGCCCUCAACACGAUAAGGCCCUUCCACGUGGCGCGCAUAGAGCGCCCCAAGCUCAAUCGCCAGUGGGCCGCUUAUCUUCACAACGCCGCUGGCCUGCUGAACCCGGAAGAACUGGCCCAGACCCUGUCGCAGCUCAACUGGUCCAAUCUCUCCCACGCCUGCAUCGUCGAGGUCGGAGCGCCGUCAACGUCGAUGGCUCGAUGCCUCGCAGAUCUCUACCCCAGCGCGCGCAUCACCGUGGCGGACCGCGCCGCGGGGGCGCGCUCGCCUGCCGACGCUUCCGUCUUCAUUUUCCACUUGCCCUCGGCGUCCCCCCCGCUCCUGCCCGGUGGCGCAAUCCUAGCCCAGCUACAGGAAUUCCUUAGUGUGCUGCGGGCCUGCGAUGGCGUCAUGCUAAUCCUGACAUCCCGCCUGCUGCCGGAGCCCGGCAGCCUGCCCGAUCCUAACGUCGAGGCAGUUGCGCGCGCCCGCGACCUGGGCAUGGGCCAGCUGGCCAAUGAGGGCGAGAUGGAAAUGGCCGAGCUGUUCGACCUGCUCGGCUCGGUCAAGGACUCGGUCGGCAAGCUCGUCGUCACCCACCGGCUGCGCUCAAACACGGGGCUCGUCGUGGCCGUCGCGGUCAAGCACCAGGCCUUUGUGGACCCGCCCGACGCUUGAUGCGGGUGCUGAUUGGGUGGAGGGGGGCUGCAUGUAAUUACUCGGGGGGGAAGGUG